UUUAAAUGAUGUUGCUAAAGAUAAAUAAAGAUGCUGUAUCUUUAUUUUCAAUCAAAGGACCUAGUCUGCCUGGAAAAGGAGGUUGAUUUGUGAAGUUUUGAACUGAGUCUUUGCUGUGUCACACCUUGGCUCUGUGCAGUGUGCCUGUCAGAGAUCUGGUGCCAAUAGAUACUGUUGACCUUCUCUUUAUCUUUCAGACUUGGGGAACUCAAUGAAGACAGCCAACCACACAGAGGUAAGAGAGUUUGUUUUCCAAGGUUUCUCCAAUUUCCAAGAACAUCAGCUUACACUCUUUGUGGUGUUCCUCACCCUGUACAUGCUGACGCUGGCAGGCAAUGUCAUCAUUGUGACCAUUAUCCGUAUUGACCAUCACCUCCACACCCCCAUGUACUUCUUCCUAAGUGUCCUCUCCACUUCAGAGACUUUCUACUCCCUGGUCAUUAUCCCCCGCAUGCUUUCCAGCCUUGCAUGUUUGAGCCAAUCCAUCUCUCUGGAGGGCUGUGGGACUCAGCUCUUUUUUUUCCUCGGCUUUGCCAUCACCAACUGCCUCCUGCUAGCAGUAAUGGGGUACGAUCAUUACGUGGCCAUCUGCAACCCUCUUCGUUACUCAAUCAUCAUGAAUUGGAGGGUCUGUGCCAUGCUGUCAUCCUUGGUCUGUGCCACAGGGUUCUCCCUUUCACUGGUUCAGGCGGUGGCCAUUUUCAGACUGCCCUUUUAUGCCAUAUAUAAUUUCAUGAAGACAGAGAAUCAUACUAUGGUGACUGAGUUUGUUUUCCAAGGUUUCUCCAGCUUCCAUGAGCACCAGCUCACCCUCUUUGUUGUAUUCCUUGUACUCUACAUAUUAACCCUGGCAGGCAAUGUCAUCAUUGUGAUCAUCGUUAGCCUUGAUCGUCACCUCCACACCCCCAUGUACUUCUUCCUCAGCAUGUUGUCAGCUUCAGAGACCAUGUACACAUUGGUCAUUAUACCAAGGAUGCUGUUUAAUCUCAUAGGCCUGAGUCAACCCAUUUCUUUGGCAGGUUGUGCCACCCAGAUGUUCUUCUUCAUCACUUUGGCCAUCAACAACUGCUUCCUCAUCACAGCAAUGGGGUAUGACCGUUAUGUGGCUAUUUGCAAUCCCUUGAGGUAUUCCAUCAUCAUGAACAAGAAGAUAUGUGUCCAGCUGGUAUGGAGGGCCUGCAGCAUUGGUUUAAUUGUAGCAAUGACACAGGUGUUGUCUGUGUUCAGGCUUCCUUUCUGUUCCACAAAGGUGGCCCACUUCUUCUGUGAUAUCCAACCUGUGAUGAAGCUCUCUUGCACUGACACCACCUUUAAUGAGAUCCUGACCUUAAUCAUCAGUGUCCUGGUAAUCCUGGUUCCCAUGGGUUUGGUUUUCAUUUCCUACAUCCUCAUCAUCUCCACUAUCCUCAAGAUUGCCUCUGCUGAGGGCAGAAAGAAGGCCUUUGCCACCUGUGCUUCUCAUAUCACUGUGGUCAUUGUCCACUAUGGCUGUACCUCCAUUGCCUACCUCAAGCCCAAGUCAGAGAACACCAGGGAUCAGGAUCAGCUGAUCUCAGUGACCUACACUGUCAUCACCCCCCUACCGAACCCUGUGGUGUACACCCUGAGGAACAAAGAGGUCAAGGAUGCUCUGUGCAGGAGUAUUGGCAGAAAAUUCUCCUGA